AUGCAGGGGUUCGGAGCUAUUUUGCUGCAAAAACAAAAAACUGGUUGGCUCGCUUCGAUUGCCUAUUUCAGUAAAGCAACCAGCGAUGCAGAAAAGAAUUAUUAUAGUUUUGAGCUUGAGACCCUUGCAAUUGUGAAAGCUGUGGAGCGCUUUCACGUGUACUUACAGGGCAUGCCCUUUAAGAUUGUAACCGACUGCAAUUCACUAGCGUUGGCAAUGAAAAAGACGAGCGUCGGCUGCGUCCGGUCCCGUUCUUCGCCGUCGCCUCUGAGCCCGCUUCCAACGACGCCGCAGAAGCCACGAACGCCAGGUCGACCGCGGAGUCCUGUCCGGAGACAGCCUCCGAGCCCGCGGCCGACAGCGCCGCAGAAGCCGACGCCAGGGCGACCGCGGAGUCCCGUCCGGAGACGGCCUCUGAGCCCGCUGCCAUCGACACCGCAGCAACCGAGGACGCCGGCGCGACCGCCGAGUCCACGUGGAGAACCUCCGGCGACGCCAGCUCAACCAUCAAGCCUGCCCGCCGAAUCAGCAAGCCUUACCAGUCCGCCGCACCGCACGUCGAGCACUAGCACCAGCCCUCGACGUUCGCCGGGCCCGUCGAAGCGUUCCAGGACACCGGAGCGCUUCCGGGACCUCCGGGCCAAGCGUGCGCGGAAGUCACAGCUCCCCAAGAUCCGGGCCAUCACAUCGGUGCAGCGUAACCCGAUUCUCCAGGCUCGGCUGAGAGAGCUCUUCGGCGAGGACGAGGAGAACUCCCCCACGGAGGAGUAG